AACACAUCACAUUUCUCAUCUCCAAUUCAGAUUAGGGUUAGGUUUCGUUUUUAAAUCUUUUUUAUUAAAAGAAUCAAAUAAUGGCACCAAAAGCAGCAGCAACAGCAACAGCAGAAGGUGAUGCGAAGAAAGGGGGUAGAGGAAAAGCAAAGAACACGAAGUCUGUUUCCAGAUCUUCAAAAGCUGGUCUUCAGUUUCCGGUGGGUAGAAUCGCUAGGUUUCUUAAGGCCGGAAAGUACGCUCAGCGUGUCGGCGGCGGCGCUCCUGUUUACCUUGCCGCUGUUCUUGAGUAUCUUGCCGCUGAGGUAUUGGAGUUGGCUGGAAAUGCAGCAAGGGAUAACAAAAAGACAAGGAUAGUACCAAGGCAUAUACAGUUGGCAGUAAGGAAUGAUGAAGAGCUAAGUAAGCUACUGGGGUCAGUGACAAUUGCAAAUGGAGGUGUUUUGCCAAAUAUUCAUUCCACUUUGUUGCCAAAGAAGGGUGGAAGUGGUAAGGAAAAGGGUGAAAUUGGAUCUGCUUCUCAAGAGUUUUAAGAAGCACCUCAAGGAUAGUUUUUAUGGAGAUUCUUGUAUUAUAGAAUAUGUUUCUUACUUGAAAUCAGUUCUCUAUGUAGUGGUAUUAUUGGCUUUAUUAUCAAUGCAUAUUAUCUUAUCUUUUGUUUAA